CCGGGCCCUUUAAAGCUGGCGGCGGCGGCCGGGCCCGCCCCGUGGGGCGGCUCCGGGCCGGGCCGCUCAGCACCGCCCCGCGCCGGCAGGAGGCGGCAGCGGAAGAUGGCGGCGGCGGGCCCCGACCGGGAGCUGGACGAGCUGCUGGACAGUGCACUCAGUGAUUUUGAGAAGACCAAACCGGUUCCACCGCCCGUCCCUGCAGCUGGAGCGCGGGAUGCCUGCAGCUCUGAGAAGUUACCAGGCGAUGCAGCCCAACACUCCCUCUUUGCCUCCCAGGAGAAAUUCUUCCAGGACCUGUUUGACAGCGAGCUGGCGUCACAGGCCACAGCAGAGUUUGAGAAGGCCAUGAAGGAGCUAGCUGAGGAAGAACCCCACCUGGUGGAGCAGUUCCAGAAGCUGUCAGAGGCAGCUGGCAGAGUUGGAAGUGACACAACAUCCCAACAAGAAUUCACCUCCUGUCUGAAAGAGACGCUCAGCGGCUUGGCUAAGAAUGCCAACGACUUACAGAACUCCAGCAUGUCGGAGGAAGAGCUGGCGAAAGCCAUGGAAGGCCUGGGCCUGGAAGAAGGCGACGGCGAGGGGAAUAUCUUACCCAUCAUGCAAAGCAUCAUGCAGAAUCUCCUGUCCAAGGAUGUGCUUUACCCCUCCCUCAAAGAGAUCACAGAAAAAUAUCCUGAGUGGCUGCGCAGCCACCGUGACACCCUGCCUGAAGAGCAAUUUGAAAAGUACCAGGAGCAGCACAGCAUCAUGGGUAAAAUCUGCCAGCAGUUCGAGGCUGAGCAGGCUGCGGACAGUGACGCUGAGCAGAAAGCUCGCUUUGAAAUGGUGUUGGAUCUCAUGCAGCAGCUCCAGGACCUGGGGCACCCUCCCAAGGAGCUGGCUGGAGAGUCGCCACCUGGGCUGAACUUUGACCUCGAUGGACUCAACCUGUCAGACACAGCCAGCGCCGGAGAUAAGGGAAUUGCAGAAGAUCCAACAUACUUGGAUUUCAGCAAAGCAUUUGACUGGGUGGCAGCUGGGACACUGUUAGUGAAAUCAGGGGAGAUGGGUUGUGCUAAAAGGUGGAUUAUUGGACUAGAGGGAGGUGACUACUGGAGUUUCUCAAGGAGUGCUCUUGAGGCCAGUCUUAUUCAAUCUUUGUGGUAAUGACCCUGGCAAGAAAAGUAGGAGUGUGCUACUGAAACUUGCUGCUGAUAUGAAGUUGGGAGUCGUCAUCAAUGCAGAGGAGGGCUGGACUAAUAGGCAGGAAGAUCUGGAUGACCUUGAAGCCAGGAGUUACAGAAAUGGAAGUUCAAUAGUGCAGAGUCAUGCACUUAGGGUCUAAUCGGAAGAAUAUCUACUACCAGCCAGGGCCUCAUCAGUUGGAAGCAGGAGGAGGAGAGAGCCCUGGUGGUGUGUUGAUCACAAGAUGACUAUGAGCCACCAAUGAUAUGCAGCCAUGAAAAAGGCAAAUGCAAUCCUAGGGCAUAUCAGCAAGGAGAGAGAAGUAUUAAUACCAUUGUACAAAGCCCUGGGGAGACCUCAGCUGGAAUACUGUGUCCAGUUCCUGUCAGCCAUGUUCAAAAAAGGUGAAUUCAGACUGGAACAGGUGCAGAGGAGAGCUACUAGAAUGAUCAGGGGACAGGAGGGCCUGUCUUAGGAGACUGGAAAAGCUUGGCUUGUUUAGCCUAGCAAAAAGAAAGCUGAGUGGAGCUAUGAUUGCUCUCUAUAAAUACAGUGGGGGUUGGAGGAGAUCCCAGGAAUGGGGAAGAGCUAGUGAAGCUAAAGGACAAUGUUGGCACAAGAACAAAUGGGGAUAAACUGGCCAUGAACAAGUUGGAAAUUAGAAGAAGGUUUCUAACCCUCGGGGGCGGGGGAGGUUCUGGAACAGCCUCUCCUUAGGAAUUGGGGGCUGGCAGCAAACAAUUUAAGAGAGAGCUGGACAAAUGUAGAAGUGUGAUUGUGUGAUGAGGUUGCAUGUGACGAUAGGGGCAGGGCUCAGCAGCCCUGGGGCUCACUUCUUAUGUCCCUAAAAGCUCAGGUUUCAGUAUUUUUGCAGGCUGCCUGUAGAGGUCAGGAAAGGAUUCUCCUGCUACCCCUGCAAUGUAUUCUGAUUUUUUUUUUUUAUCACCUUCCUCUGAAGCAUCAGGGAUGGCCACGGCUGGGGGUGGGACAUUGGACAGGGAGGGCCAGACCUCUGAGGUGGCAUCCAGCAUUCUCUCAGGUGCUUGGCUGGCUGAUUCUCGCUCACCUGCUCAAAGUCUCCCUGAUUGCCAUAUGUGGGUGUGAUGGGUUACCUCCCAUGCACACUCUGGGGUGCCACCUAAUGUACUGGGGUACCAUUGAGCCUGCCUGUUUCACCAGCCUGGGCUCCCUCACCCUGUCCUGCUGAGCCUCCUCUAGCACACACACAGGUAGGGACACGCACAGCUGCGGAAAGACACAGACACUGAAAUCAGUACUGCAUGGGAAGGCUUUCAGCUAGGGAAUUGCCCAGCACUCAAGUGCACUCCCCUCUGGAGAGUAAACCCAAAAUUGUAUUGUUUUGUGUUGCACUGAGAACUCCUACAGUGUAAGCUAAUUGAAAUUUGCCCCCUCCCUCAAUAUGGAAAGAGAUAUGCACACUUUUGGCCCCCCAGUUAUGAAUUUCACAAACUGGUUUAGAGAUAAAAACAAGUUUAUUAACUACAAAAGAUAGGUUUUAAGUGAUUAUAAGGGAUUGCAAACAGAUCAAAGCAGAUUACGGAACAAAUAAAAUACACAAAUUAAGCUUGAUACAUUAAAGAAA